AUGGGCUGUAUAUGCUCAAAGGAAAACGUGGUAGAUGCUCAGGUCUAUUCCUCGGCCCCGGCGGGCAAGGCCCCUGCCGCCAACAUUGACGAGCCUUGGGCGGAUGCGCUGCCGACGUCGCUCCUCUUGCGCUGCGACUCGAACCGCUCCUUGGCGAGCAUCUACUUGGAUGCCGUGUCAGAAGCGGAUUCGGUGGAAUCGUUUUUGACUGCGUUUUGCAACACGCCGUCAUCGCUGUCGGCCGGUGGCAGUGAUGCGUGCGAGGUGUUUGGUGACGCACUCGAUGCGCGUCCGCAGCAGCCUGUGCAACCGCAGGUGGCCCAGACGUCGGCCCCGAAGCAGGAGCAGCAGCAGCAGCAGCAGCAGCAGCAGCAGCAGCAGCAGCAGCAGCAUGGCAAUGGGCACCAGCAACAGCACGUGCACCAGCAGCAGCAACACCGGCACGUGUCGGGGGGCGGCCACCACCACUCCUCAGCUCGCGCAGCAGCGGUGGAGGCUGCAGCAGCGGCCGGGGACAGCCCAGUAGAGUGCGUGCUGCGUCAAUACAAGCAGGGCGACAUACUGCUGUGCAAGGCGGUGGGCGAGCUGAUCGCCUACUGGAAGGCCAGCGGCGUGGCGCUGGACGCGCUGGAGGAGCAGCUGCUGGCGGCCGAGGCGCACGCGGAGGAGGAGGCGCGCCGCCAGCAGGCCCUGCGCCAGCAGCAGGAGGAGCAGGAGGCGGCCGCCGCCGCCGCGGCCGCGGCCGCGGCCGAGGAGGAGCAGCAGCGGGCCGGCGGGCGCCGCAGGGGGCGGCGGCGGUGGGUCUCCACCUCUGGGGACGCGCUGCUGCCGGGCGCGCGGCCGCUGGCGUCCGCGGGGCUGGGGUGCGGCGGGUCCGACCUGUUCAGCGCGGCGCACGUGAUGUCCCACAAGAGCCCAUGCUGGUGA